UCGUAUAUUAAUAUUGAAAGUGUUAAUAGACAGACGUUUCGUUCGAAUAAUGUUGCUAGCGAAAUAAUACAAAUAUUUAAUACAUUGAUAUUCACCGUACCGUAGUAAGUGCGGCGAGCUACGUUUACACGGUUCAAUGCCAUUGGGCCGAUAGCGCGUAUUUUUAUUAUCCAACACGGCAUGGCAGUUUCAUCUAAACUAUCUGUUUACAUUGAUUUUAAAACAAAAUUGUGACAAAUUUGUUUAUAUCUGUUUUGAAAAAAGAACAGAAUAGAACUCUUUGUUCCUUUUUUAAAUUUGUUGUUUGUGAUGUGUUGGUCUUAAAGUAUCUGUUGUGUUUAUAAAUAUAAUUAGUGUCACGUAAUAAACAAGAACAAAGAUGACAGUAAGGGCACUUUCUUCUGUACUUCGUAAGAAGGCAGAGGAAGAAGUCAAUGAGACCCCGAAUGUGGCUGACGCAGCGAUAGCACAACUCAGGGACUGGUUACACCAAAAACCACAUCUCCGCGCGGCAAAAAUACCGGACCAAUGGCUCAUCGCGUUUCUUCGUGGAAGCAAGUUUAAUAUUAACAAAGCCCAAGAAAAAUUAGACACGUAUUAUACACUUAAAACUAUAGCACCGGAAAUUGCUGCAAACAGACAUCCAUUCGACGCUUCUAUACAAGAAAUUCUUAAAAUUGGAUUCUUCUUGCCAUUAAGAAAAUGCUCAACAGACACUUCCCCACGAACAUGUUUAGUGAGGGUGGCAGCGUUUAACGGAACUAAACAUUCCCUCACUGACUUGAUUAAAGUGGCCCUAAUGAUUAUUGAGAUAUUAUUGAUAGAAGACGACAAUUUUACUAUUUGCGGUGAGGAAGCUAUAGUAGACGUUAAGAAUUUGGGAUUUGGUAUAAUAAGUCAGUGGACUCCUACUCUAGCAAAGAAAGUAGUAACUUGUGCCGAAAAGUCACUAUCAGUUCGAUUGAAAAGUAUGCAUGUACUGAACGCAGGGAAAGGGUUGAAAGCGGCGUUGCAACUUUUUAAACUAUUUUUAGGGUCAAAAAUGAAGACGAGGAUUCAUUUAUAUCACAAAGAUUAUGAAAAAAUGUAUAGAACGGUAGAUAAAUCCAUAUUACCCGUUGAGUACGGAGGGACCGAUGGACACAUACAAGACUUGAUAGACCACUGGAAAAUGAAAGUAGAGACAUAUAGCGACUGGUAUGCCCAGCAUGACUCUAUACGCCCCGAUGAGUCUAAGAGCUCUGACGCAAAAAAUAGCGCAAAUGUGCUGGGUAUUGUGAAUUGCUUUAAGAAACUUGACAUCGAUUUAUUUAGAAAAAUGAAAGUAAGGGAAUUGUCAGAAGCUCUGCGUAAGAAAGCAGAGGAAGAGAUAAAUGAAAAUGAUCGAAAUAUAGAGACCAAUCUUGAAGUUAUGAGGAAGUGUUUCAAUGAACAUUUUGAAGACCACACAAUACGUCCGUUAGACCAAUGGUUUCUCGCAUUCCUUCGCGGAUGUAAACACGACGUAGAAAAAAGCAAGAGGAAGUUGGAAAAAUAUUAUACCCUGAAAAAAUCUGCACCAGAUUUCUUCGCAAAUCGGAAUCCCACUGACGAGAAGAUACAGGCAUUACUAAAAUUAGGACUUUUCUUGCCGUUAAGACAAUGUGUUAAAGAAGACUCUCCACGAACCUGUUUGGUACGAGUUAGUCAGUUGUGUAAUUCUCAAUAUAGUUUGGUUGAUUUGACUAAAAUUGGUUUUAUGACUGCUGAGAUAUUGCUGUUAGAAGAUGACAAUUUCACUGUCGUCGGUGAGGAGAUUGUUGCCGAUAUGAAGAACGUGGGAUUCUCUAUAUUAAGUCAAUGGACUCCAAGCUUGGUUAGAAGGAUGUUCACAUGUGCUCAGAAUGCCCUUACUGUGCGAUUGAAAAGCCUGCACAUUAUAAAUGCGCCGAGAGGUUUGAAAGCGGCUGUAUCCAUCUUUAAGAUGUUUUUGACAGCGAAAUUGAAACGAAGGAUCUACAUUUAUAAUGAGGAUUAUGAAGGCAUGUAUGAAUACGUUCCUAAAUCAAUAUUACCAGUUGAAUAUGGAGGGACUGCUGGAAAUAUACAAGAUCUUACAGACUAUUGGAAGGCCAAAAUUGAAAGUCAUGGCGAUUGGUACGCAGAGUUUGACAAGGCUUGCGAUGAAUUUAAGAUUCCAAAGAAAACUACGACUAAUAAUUCUGCACACACUAUAAGUUGAUUAAAAUGUAUGCUAUAUUUUAAAUAACAAUAAAUAUUAUUCUCAUGAAAAAUUUAAA